CAAAAUCUCCAAAAGGAGAAAAGUGAAGAAACAUAACCUUAAAAACUCAUUUUCUUCUCCAUAAUCCAAACUACAUAAUUCCCAACCAUACUCUUUCCCUUAUCACAUCCUCAAGAUUCCCAAAUGACAACAACAAUACUUCAACUCUCCCAUCUAAUUCUUUCCUUCGCAUUCCUCGUUGCUUAUCUCGAUCACCCCGGUCUCGUAGAUGCUACACCUGAUGAUGAUUCGUACUGGCUCCUUCGGAUAAAAUCCGAAUUCAUCGACCCUCUCGGAGCUCUCGACACCUGGCUGCAAGAAACCAGCAUGUGUACAUGGAAUGGGAUCACAUGUGGAGACGACAAAAAACACAUCAUAUCACUAAAUCUCUCAAAUUCUGGCCUCAAUGGAGCCAUCUCCCCACACUUCUCAAAACUCACUUUUCUUGAAACACUUGAUUUAUCUCUCAACUCCCUCUCUGGCCCUAUCCCCCCGGAUAUAGGAAACCUCGGAAAUCUGAAGGAACUGCGCCUCUUCUCGAACUCGAUCAAUGGCACAGUUCCGCCGCAGAUUGCCCUUCUGAGGCAGCUGGAAGUCCUCAGAAUCGGAGACAAUCUUCUCACGGGCGAAGCCCUGCAAAAAGUCGGUGCCUUAUCCGAACUCAGAGUUCUAGGGCUUGCCUACUGCAACUUCAAUGGAAGCAUACCUAAAGAGAUUGGAAAUCUCAAGAAGCUGAUGUUUCUAGACUUGCAGCAGAACAGCUUCGAUGGAGAGAUACCUGAGGAGAUCGGUGGAUGCAACGAGCUUCGAAGCUUUGCUGCAUCAAACAACAGAUUCGAAGGGCGAAUCCCCACCACCAUAGGCCUUCUUUCAUCACUCCAAAUCUUGAACUUGGCCAACAACAGCCUGUCCGGAGCAAUCACUCCGGAGCUGAGCCAUUUAUCAAAGUUGAAGUACUUAAACCUGCAGGGAAACGAGCUAGGAGGCGAAAUCCCAGUUGAGCUCAACGGAUUGGAUCAGCUAGAGAUUCUAGAUCUAUCUAGAAACAAUCUCUCAGGCAACAUAAGCCUCCUCAACUCCAAUCUGAGGAAUCUUGAAGUUCUAGCCCUGUCUGAGAAUCUCUUCACCACCAUCCCUCCAAAUCUCUGCAUCAAAAACUCAAAUCUCCACCAGCUCUUCCUAGCUGACAACAACAUCUCUGGUGGUUUCCCCGAGCAUAUCCUAAACUGCUCGUCACUCCUCCAACUGGACCUUUCCGGGAACAGCAUAUCCGGGGCUCUCCCACCCAGCCUCGACUCACUGCAGAGCCUCACUGAUCUUCUGCUCAACAACAACAGCUUCACUGGAGAAAUCCCUCCUCAAAUAGGCAACAUGAGUAACUUAAACUCUUUAUUCCUAUUUGGCAACAUGAUCACCGGUGGAAUCCCACCGGAAAUCGGAAAACUUCAGCAGCUCACAACACUAUACCUCUAUGACAACCAAAUGUCUGGCCCCAUUCCAAGACAGCUAACCAACUGCUCGAGCUUAGCAGACCUAGAUUUCUUUGGAAACCGAUUUUCAGGCUCGAUUCCUCCUACCAUAGGAAAGCUCAAGAACCUUGUCAAUCUGCUACUCAGGCAGAAUGAAUUAUCCGGCACAAUCCCAUCGAGUUUAGGCUACUGCAGGAAGCUUCAACGCUUAGUCUUGGCUGAUAACAUGCUGUCUGGACCAAUCCCACCGACGUUUGGAUUCCUCUCCGAGCUCUUCCUCGUCACUCUCUACAACAAUUCAUUAUCAGGGCCAAUCCCAGAAUCUCUCCACCACCUCAAAAACCUCAGCAUUGUCAAUUUUUCACAUAAUAGGCUCAGUGGCAGCAUUGCUCCUUUUAGUGGUUCAAAUUCUCUAACCAAACUAGAUUUAACCAAUAACAGUUUCUCAGGCAGCAUUCCUUCAACAUUAUCCACAAACCUAAUCCGUCUCCGCCUCGCACACAAUUCCCUCGCCGGUGGCAUUCCUCUUCACUUCAGCCAGCUGAAGCAGCUCCAGCUUCUUGAUUUAUCCUUCAACAACCUUACGGGGGAGCUUGACACUGAUCUCUCCGGUUUAACGAGCCUCGAGCACUUCCUCCUCAGCAACAAUCGUUUGUCAGGGCCUAUUCCGACGUGGCUGGGGAGAAUAACGAAGCUAGGUGAGCUAGACCUUUCAUCAAACAGUUUCAGUGCAAACAUUCCACCUGAAAUCGGGAAUUGCUCGAAAUUGCUCAAGCUUUCUCUCCGGAACAACAUGCUGUCAGGUCCAAUCCCACCGGAAAUCGGAAACCUAUACCUUUUGAAUGUCUUGAACCUCCAGAGAAAUAAUCUCUCCGGCGGAAUCCCACCCACGAUUCAACAAUGCAGGAAGCUUUACGAGCUUAGGUUAUCGGAAAACAGCCUCUCCGGCCCAAUUCCCUCGGAAAUAGGCACUCUCGGAGAGCUCCAAGUCGUGCUAGACCUCAGCUUCAAUCAAUUAUCGGACAAAAUCCCUUCUUCACUGGGAAAUCUGAUGAAAUUGGAGCGAUUGAAUCUCUCAUCCAACAAACUAGAAGGCGAAAUCCCACCUUCGUUGGGGAAACUGUCGAGUCUCCACAGACUGAAUCUCUCCAGCAAUCACCUUCGCGGCCAAUUGCUAUCAAAUUUCGCAGGAUUUCCAUCAAAUUCCUUUCUCAACAAUGAUGGCUUGUGCGGCCCGCCAUUGAUCUCUUGCUCGGAGCUGUCGCUGAAAGCGAGGAAACGACUCUCGGAAUCCCAAAUUGCGGGGAUAAUAGUGGCGAUUGUGUUCACAUCCACGCUGAUUUGCCUCUCUCUGAUGUAUACCAUGGCGCGGAUAUGGUGGAAUUGGCGGAAGGUGGCGAUUUCCUGCUCCGAAAAGGGGGGUUUCGAGCAGAAGAAGGAAGGAGAGGAUUGGGUUUAUGGAGAGGAGAUCGCUAAGAGCAGUGAUCAUCACUUUUGGAAUUCCAAUUCAAUGGCGUUGGUUCCUUCGCAAUCCAAGCAGGUUUCGGAUUCGGAUACAGCGCGGAUUUUUCAGUUCAAAUGGAGCUCAGCUGCUGCUAAGAAGUGAGAAUUGAACAAUUUGAGUGUUUUUUUUUUUCGAUUGGAAUUUUGAGUUUUUUUCUGUAACGAUGAAUUCAUGCAGUUCUUCCAUGCUGUGUAGAGCUUUAGGUUUGUAUAGAGAUUUUUUUUUUAAUUUUCAGUUAUAAUUAAGCAGUU